UCUAUGAUGGCAUUUAUUUGGCAGCUCGGCAGAAUGUCAUUAUAGCUUCGAUGAAUUACCGACUGGGACCUUUCGGCUUUCUCUAUCUACAACGAGACGAGGCUCCAGGCAACAUGGGCCUCUGGGACCAGCGGCUCGCCAUGAAAUGGGUCUCCGACAACAUUGCGGCUUUUGGUGGUGACCCCGAGCGCAUCACUCUGUUCGGCGAAUCUGCAGGCGCAGUCAGUGUCAGCUCGCAUGUACUCAGCCCCUGGUCACACGCCUUCUUCACAAAUGCCAUGAUGCAGAGCGGUUCGGUGAUGAGCUAUUGGGGCGUCCAUCUGCCCGGCCGUUUGCUUAAUCGGACACGAAUGUACGCCCCAGAGAAGGCUUUCUUUCUACCUAUAUAG